GCGCUACCGGAUGUUGCUUCCAUGUGGGAAAGUCUUGAUGUUUUGAAUGGUGAUCGAUUGCGAUAAUAGAAUUAAUAAAUCGCUAGAAGAUGUCCGAAGAGGCCUUUCGUCAGGUUGAUGAGAAGCAUGUGUCUAACGAAAUCUGUCACAUGGUGUGGUCUCCACGCAUAGACCUGGUGGCACUCGCCAAUAUCCAAGGGGAGGUGAUUCUGCAUCGCCUGUCAUGGCAGAAAGUAUGGACAUUAGCGCCCCCUGGUGAGGGGGAGACAGUUGGAGGACUUGCAUGGAGACCAGAUGGCAAAGUGUUGGCAGUUGGGUACAAGUCCGGCCAGCUCAAGCUGUGUGAUGUGGAGAACGCAGAAGUCCUUCACACGAUGACGGUGGAAGGGGAGGUAACUAGCAUGACCUGGAUAUCGCAGGUGUUUACAGACGGAGUGGAGUGGACAGCGGAACCCUACCCCGAGGACAGUUCCGCGGACUACCUGCCCAAACUACAACCACUCAACAAAAGCUAUGGGACAUUAUCUAAAGGACAACAAGAGGAGAAUGUAGAAGACAGCAAGCGACUCAAGGAUCAGAAAGAACUGAACUUGCUGCUAGUGGGGACGAAUCGUGAUGAGCUUCAGAUGUUUGUGUAUGGCAUCUUCCAUGCAGCCGUCGUCUCCAUCAGUCUACAAGAUGGCUCCCAGAAUCGACGUGUUCACUCAGCCAUCUUGUCGCAGGACCUGCACUGUCUGUCGGUGGUGGUGGAGUCGACACUGGAGAUGUCCGACGAUAUUGACUACUAUCUUCUCACGUAUGACACGACCCUCUUCGCAUCACGCCAUAAGGAACUACGACUCCUGGCCCUGAAGUAUGGACAGAUCGCCACACUGAUGGGGUACCUCCAGACCACGAUCCAGCAGAUGUCAGAAGCAUGGGAGGACAUCCUUAUGGCCAUGGACUCAAAGCUGCUCAAAUUUGCUGAGGACAAAAAGAAAGCUCAGAGUGGGCAGAGCAGCAGCGUCAGCAACGACUUCCUGGAACUCCUGCUGUUUGGGACACCCAGUGAGGAGCUGGAGCAGUUCUUGCAGCAUGAACUCACAGAAAAGGGUUUGAAGAAACUGGGUCAUUCCAUUGAGACUUCCUACUCCAACAUACAGAAGCUGGUUGUGAAACAUUUACAAAGUGUAAGCCAAGCCAUGGUGUACCACCUGAGUGAACUGAGGGGUAUGUCCCUGUGGUACGACAAGUUCGGGGUGCUCGGACUGGACACCAGCGAUCUACAGAAGGCCGUGCAGCUCGCAGGAAGCUUUGUGCUCAACACCAGUCAGCUGCAACAAGUUAUUGAUGGAAGCAUCAAGAAUUUCAAGGCAUUUUUCAGAUGGCUGUAUGUAGUGAUUUUACGACUUUCAAAUGAGCAACCACCAGCUGAACUGAGCAAGAUGACACAACAUGAUGUGAACUUUGUGGCUGAGUUUCUGCGGGACAACUUCACACAAUUUUCCCCAGAAGCCAACAACCUGUUUGGUGAUUCAGAUUCUGGGAAAAAGUCAGGAUUUAAACUUGAAAAAGUUGGCCAGUAUUUAAAGAAAGAGAACCUGUCUUCUCCGCCUGACACGUCAAACAACCCAUGGCAACAGUACCUCAAUGCCAGUACAUUCCAUACAGACAGUCCUGUGCUGUACCCAGUAGACAGCAACCACUCUCUUGUACAGCUCCAAGAACAGCUAGUUGAGCUGAUGACUACAACAGUGUUCCAUAAACCAGCGGUUGUGAUAGGCCAGUCUCUCCACUGUAUGUGCACCAACCACCUCUUCACGCUCACAAGACCUGAAGACUCCACUCCAAGGAAGCCGGUCUUCUGUCAGUUCACAGAUGUGGAGAGACAGAGGUGUUACACAGUCUUCACUGCGGACUUCCUGCCGUGUGACAAGUUCCUGGUGCUGCGACAACCCACCGACCCCAACAGGACUGACACAGACAGUGGCAUCCUGGCCGUUUCCAUGGGAACCCUGGCAUCCUCCAACCCCAACAGCAGCUCCACAUCAGAUUUAGACAGAUGCAGCCAGCACACGGUGCUGGACAUCGCCUACUACGACCCAACGUCGCUGUCCCUGCUGCUGCAGGAGGAGGGGGAGGACGGCCGCCCCGUGCUGCUGCAGCUCUCCAUGUCCAUCCUCAACUCCAGCAAGUUCACCAAGUUGGCCACCACGGAGAACAUUGCCUCUCUUAGUCACAUAAAUGAGAUGGACAUCGGCAGUUUGGUCAGCGAGCACUCCUACCGCCAUCUGGAAAACAUGAAGGCCCACUCCUUCGCUGUCAGCGGCACCCGGAAGACGGCCACUGUUUUGUUUUCUUCCAAACGUCGCGUGAGAAUCUUCCUCAUGGAUGCAGAAGAGGAAGAAGAUGAUGACGAUGAGGAAGAUAUCACCCACGGAGAUGGGGAGAUCGACAAGUCCCAAACGGAGAGCCAAUCAGAACCGAGGGCGGAGGACAGCCAGGUGAUGGAGGACGUUGGUGGGGACGAGGACAAGGAGAACACCUCCAGCAUCUACUCCGAGGACUCGUGAAGGUCAAGGUCAUACGCCAUGGCUCUAGUGAUUGAGGCUGUACAUAGCUUUAAGCAAUAUUACUGCACUGUCACGACAGGGGCCACAAAGAAUGAGCUGCACGUGGGAUUCAAACCCAGGUUUGGGCAUCAAAAUCAAACCCUUUAGCUACUCUGCUACCCCUCCAUCCCAAAAGCUGCAAUCUCUCCUGUCACCAGGGACUCAUGACAUGCAGUGCAAUAUCACAACUGAUGCACCAACUAGGAUGAUGUCUGCCUCCAUUAUAGCCAAACCAUAUACAUGAUAUUGAGAAUUUGGUAGAAAACCUACACCAUCCAAACUUACUGGCUACAAUUUCCUCAAAGCUUGAAGACUUAAUGUGCCAGUAUGUACUUCCAGUCCAAAAAUAUUACUUCAUGACCUUGACCUUGACCUUAAGACAACUUCUUAUGAUCCAACAAUUACCCAUGUCUUUGGAUUGUGAAGGAGUGGUCCGGUAGCCUAGUGGUUAAAGUGUUUGCUCAUCAUGCCAAAGACCCAGGUUAGAUUCUUGACAUGGGUACAAUGUGUGAAGCCCAUUUCUGGUGUCCCCCGCUGUGAUAUUGCUGGAAUAUUGCUAAAAGCGGCGUAAAACCAUACUCACUCAGUCACUCACUUUGGAUUGUACAAGUGAAAGUGCCACAAUAACUGCCAGUGAUGAAGCCAUGUUUCACAAUAACCUCAAAGAUAACCUUGACCUAUAAUAAACAUAGCACCAACAUUAAAUGUAGUGAGAUUUGUAGAGAUACAUGGACCCCAUGCAAGAGAAAGUAUAUGCCAAGUUUAAUUUUGAGAAUAUUUGACAACAUACUUUUUUGUGAAUUUCUCCAUACAAGGGCUAUGUGGAAUACCGUAUUCGACAUAAUAAGCGCCCAGGCCACUCUCAAAAUUAGAAAUGGGGGGCUCUUAUUAGAAUAUUAUUUUGGUGAAAAACAACAGAGUUGAGAGAUUUACAUUUCGUGGUUUAUGCU